AUGGAGGGAAUGAUGCGCCGCCCCAGCGGCGCUGCUGCUGCUAGCCGCCCAAGCGGCGCUGCUGCUGCUGCUAGACGCAUGGAGGUAGAAUUAGAGCUGUCGAGCUCAUCUGAUGAUGAAGGAAUGCCUCCCCUUGCCGCUCGUCCAGCCCCACCUCGUGAACCCCCUCGCCCUCGUGGUCCUCGCGAAAGCCCUAUUGUCCCUGCACGACGUGCUCCAAGCCCAGCAUUCUUGUCACAGGCCGACGAUGAUUUCAAUGCAACUCUUCAAGCAAGCCAGCAAGAUGCCGAUGAUGAUCUUGUCGUUUUGGAGGAAGAGGAUGACGGACUAACUGCUUGUGAGAGGGUCUAUCGCAACAAGAACAACUCUCAGCCUGAUUUGCUAUCAAUGUGCAUUGGACUGAAGACAGCGGACAACACUCGCUGGCUUGCAGACUUUGAAAAUGACGAUCUCUACAAGGAUUUGCCUCAGAGAUCUUCCUUCUGCCCGAAAGUGAUGAACUUGAAGAUUGAAAUCCGUCGCAGAGCGAAGCAGUUGGGAGCGGCCGUGCGAUGCUCUGCUUUGCUUCGUCCUCAAUGCAUUGCCUGGUUGAAGAACAAUCCUAUUCAGGAUGUACGUGACAUCGCAUUUCUUCGCUUGGAAGAAGCCAAGACAUACCGUGUUCUCGAAGAACAAAAGGAAGAAAGGGAUGCAGCUGCUGCCAACCGCCUCGCCAAUUCCAAUUGGAACGUCCAUAAGCCCUGGUUGCGUCUGUACAUGGCAAUGUGUCAUGAUGCAGCACGUGAAGCUUUAAUGAUGGAUGGGCAAGUCAUGAACCGAGAAGAAUUGGAUGCCAGGAACUCUGAUGAACGUCCACCGUCUUAUGCCCAAGUAGUUGCAGGAAUCUACAAUGACGCCACCUGGACUCCAGUCACUGAGGCCCUUCCCGAGCUUCACUCCCUGUUCGAAGAACCCAUUUCUCUUCCAUUUAAUGAGAUGCCAGGUGGGGAAGUGAGCCAGGAAGAAGUCAAAACGCGUAUUGCCGAUAGCCGUGCCAGAUUGAUCUCCAUCAUUUUUGAUUGGGAGUUAUCUGGAAAUGGCUUUGGCCAGCGAACCCAAGGUGACGGUCAGUGGGGACACUUCAGCGAACAGCAUAUGGAGCUCGAGGAUGGUGACAACAGAGCCAACUUCGUAAAGCCCCACCUCGGCCAGCGUAUUCACCACUUGUAUCUCUGGCACCUUUCCGAUAGCAUGGAGAUCUUGACAAAGGUGUUGAAUGUCCUCUCGGGAGAGGUAGCAGCUGAUAGUGAACGUGCAGGAGACACUGCUGUUGUUCGUCGUCGUCGCAGAGCUGCUGCUGCUCUUGCUGCUGAUCGCAGACAACGCAAGAAGUUUCGCAAUGUGGUUGGGAGCUCCCUCUCUGCUAUUGCAAUCACCAACAAAGAAGACAACAUCAGGCACGAAGAAGAUAAGGUUGAACGCCUUACUUUUGCACAGCUUGCUGCUGAAGAUGAAGGCAAUGAUCGCAAAGUUGAGUUGUACGGGCAGCUUCUCGCGCACCACAAGGCAAAGAUCGGAGAUUAUCAGGAUGAGCUUGCUGCCAUGAAGAAAGCUUACAACAAGAUCUUGGAGGAUAACAAUGAUGAUGACGAAGAUGAAUAA